UUUAAGGGGAAGGGAGUCCUCGCGUUGACUUCUGGGAAACGUAGUUUUUAUUCUGCGGACGUUUCGUUAGCGACAGAAACUACAACCCCCAGGGACCACCGCGACGUUGCCUGUGGCGGCCUACGAGCCAACGGUUAGGAAGCGCGGAUUGACUGAGAUCGUCGGCUAGUUUCUUUAAGGGAAAGUCCAAACUUGGAAGAAUUAGCAGUAUAAGAAACAGAGAUAUCCCCAUUCCAAGAACCUACUGGCCCACGUAUAAGUCUAUGGGACUGGGUCGAAGAUGAAUUAGAAUGACCACCAUCAUGCUCUACUCAGAAUCACUCCUCCCUUCCUCUGCCAAGUAGGGCUUUGAUCCUGGAUCAAGCUUUUUGUAUUUGUUUCUUCUUCCUUCAAAGGAAGAGCAGCUUAAAUAGAUGCAGUCUCCCAUGGGGAGCAGAGAGUGUCUGAGCAGCAACAACCUGGAGUGGAGACAUGGUAAUGGAUUCUGAAUUAAUGCACAGUAUAGUCGGAAGCUAUCUUAAACCUCCAGAAAGAGUAUUUGUUCCAUCAUUCACCCCGUAUGAAACAUCUCAGAAUUGCCACCCUGUGAACAUGGAAGUUACCCCUCCUAAAAUGUUUUAUAGUCCAAAUAACCAAGCAGCUCUUAUUUUAGCCCUAAAAACUCUUCAGGACAAGAUUCAUCGUUUAGAGCUAGAGAGAACACAAGCUGAAGAUAACCUGAACAUACUGUCCAAAGAAGCUGCACAGUAUAAAAAGGCCUUGGAGAAUGAAACAAAUGAGCGAAAUCUGGCACACCAGGAACUGAUAAAGCAGAAAAAAGAUAUAAGUAUACAGUUAAGUUCAGCCCAGUCUCGCUGUGCUCUUCUAGAGAAGCAACUAGAGUAUACAAAGAGAAUGGUUCUCAAUGCAGAGCGAGAGAAGAAUAUAAUCCUAGAACAACAGGCCCAGCUUCAAAGGGAAAAAGAGCAAGAUCAUUUGAAGCUGCAUGCAAAACUUGACAAGCUUGACGUCUUAGAAAAAGAAUGUUUUAGACUUACAACAACUCAGAAAACUGCCGAGGACAAGAUUAAACAUUUAGAGGAAAAACUUAAGGAAGAAGAACAUCAGCGUAAGCUAUUUCAGGACAAAGCUUCUGAGCUUCAAACUGGACUUGAAAUCAGCAGAAUUUUAAUGUCUUCUGUUUCAAAUCCAAAACACUCCAAGGGAAAGAAGAAAUCUUCAAAGAAAACUAAAUGUUUACAGAGAGGACUGCCUCAGGAAAGUUAUCUAAAGUUUGGAGCACCGCCUUUUGUGCCUGGGAAGUUGGUCAGUACAAGCCAUUCUGGGAAUGCAAGUGUGCAAAACCUCCUGCAGAUGAUGCGAGAUUGUGGCCCGCACACCCUUCAGAAGCAUUCUAAAGCACCUGAGCCUCGAUGUCUCCAUAAGCCUAGUACAACUCCCCAAUGUAAAGCUGUACCUCCUGACCCAGAAAAGUCUGUCUCCAUUUGUGAUAAUUUGUCUGAACUUUUGAUGGCAAUGCAAGAUGAGCUGGACCAAAUGAAUAUGGAGCAUCAAGAACUACUAAAUCAAAUGAAGGAAACUCAAAGCCAUUCAGUCUGUGAAGACAUAGAAAGUGAACUAGAGCAUUUAGUGAAGAAAAUGGGAAUUAAAGCAGAACAAAUUUCCAAACUAAAGAAGCAUCAAAACAGUGUCCGUGAACUUCAACAAAAACUUCAAAACUCAAAGAUGAGUGAAGCUUCAGGUAUUCAGCAAGAAGAUAGCAACCCUAAGGGAUCAAAGAACAUGAAAAAUAGCCCUAGAAAGUGUUCUCAUGAAACUAGCCCUCUUCAGAAAAACAGCAACUUUCAUCCAAAACGAGUCCGUAAUCUUCAAAUGAAAUUGAGCAAAGAUGAUAUCAUGUGGGAGCAGUAACACAGUAGCAAAACUGUCACCUUAAAUGAACUCUGUCAAUGAGAUCUUGAAUUGUCUAAAGUGAUUUUAAUUUAAUAUACCUUUAUGAAAAUUUGAAUUAUGAUUCUAGCCUCUAUAAAGUGUGAAGUUGUAGUGUUUUUAAAUUAAUGCCUAAUGACCUAUUAAGAGUCCCAGAUAAUAAAUGAUUGCUUUUUUUGUUUUCCUUUUGAUUGAAAUGCCUAAUCUUAUCAUAUUUUAGAACAUUGUUCACUAAACUAAAUCUAAGAAAUUGGAUUGGAUGAACUAUAUUCAAACGAGUUAAAUUUGAGAAACAAGUACCAUUCCCAUUUUAAUUUGGUAGGCUUGUGACCUUGGAACACUGGUGGCACAGUGGUUAAGAGCUCAGGCUGCUAACCAAAAGGUCAGCAGUUUGAAUCCACCAGCCGCUUCUUGGAAACCCUGUGGGACAGUUCUACUCUGUCCUAUAGGGUCACUAUGAUGAGUCAGAAUCAACUCGAUGGAAACAGAUUUUGUAACCUUAAGGACCAAUGUAAAAUCGAUAGGGUAUGGUAAGGUCUUUUAACUUUCCUGGUGUUUCUUCCCUACCUUAUUUUAGAGCUGUGAAAUAUUUUUCUUUUUUGAGAAGGGAAAAGCUGAAUAGGUCUGCAGUUUUAUGAAGAGGCCUUUAACCCAAGUGUCUAUGUGACAGUUACAAAUAGGAACCCAUCGUUACUUAAUUUUUAGAAGACAGUAUCAUAUAACUGCAGAAGCUUUCAUCUUCUAGUUGCAUUCACUUAAAAAUUUAGUUGUGUUAACACCAGUUAUCUGUUUUAUCUUACUUCUUUACAACUAUAUAAAAUGACUUUGAUUCUGUACAUUGUGUAUAGUGUUCAUCAGUGUAAACUGAGAGUGUGAUCUUCCAAGACCCACAAAACUGGCAUAUUUUUAUAAGAAAGUAUAGGAACAGGAAGUUGGACAUUUUAUUACCUAAUCAAAAAUUCAGGGAAAUAUGGUGCAUUUUUAUAUUUUUAAAUCAGUGAUGUCAUGAUGAAUUAUGUGUGUAUGCUUUAUAAUAAAUUUAUACUUGUUGACCUGUCUUGUCAGAAGCUUUUAGAAACUACUAUGACUCUUGUGAUCUAUUUUGGUUCCUCACUUGAAUUCUUUGUGGCAACUAGAAAACUGGAGGAAUCAACUGAAGUAAAAAUAAAGGACAGACAGAAAAGGCAUAAUAAAAGGGAGGAACUCAGAAUAUAGGAUUGCUGUUUAAGAGAUGGUGAUUCCGAAGGGACAGAGUUGUAGUGGUACAUCGUCUGAAUCCACAGCUGGGAAAAUGUCCAGGCUAUA